AUGGCAUCAGACCCAACAUCGAGCAUCCCCGAAUGGGAGGUUGGGACCACAAAUUUCAAGGUGCGGGCCGGCGUGAUGUUCGGAUGCUACAUAUUGUACACACUCUAUGUGGUGGUCACCACGGUCAUGUUUUACAGGCUAUCUCGUGACCCCAACAGCGAGCUGUCGAAGCGGUCUGUGAAGCUCGUUUUCAUCCAGAUCAUCGGAUGCUUUAUUGUCGGCUCACUUGGGGCCAUAGGCACUGCUCUCAAUACAUGGGCGUGUUUCCCAAAGCUCUGGAUGUUCAACAUUGGCUUUGUUGUCCUCAUAUCAUCGCUUACUGCCCGCGGAGUCCAGCUCAUUGUCGCAUCUAAUAUCCACAGCCUCAGCGGUCAGCUACAGCAGAAGGACAAAGCUAUCUCUAAGGCCAUGGCCCUUACAAUAGGCGAGCAACUAGCGUGGCCGCCGAGUUUCAAUUCAAGAAAGGCUGGCCAAGACGGCUACGCUCAAAGAGUGUCUGAAUUCUCAUGCGAUGCAGAUGGCCAGACACUGGUAGACAUGUUACAGAAACGACUGCAGCGGUACCGUCGACUGGGCCGCUUUGUUACUGAUCGUGCGAUGAUGUGCUAUAUCGGGAUCAUGACCUUGAUCCUCAACAAGGAGUACUCGAUUAGUCCAGUCAGCACCCAGUGCUCGUUCAUUUGGGGCUUGCUGCCCGUGUUUGGCAUAGUCGCUGUGUUUGUGCUUGUUAUCAGCCCGGUGCUGUUGAUCAAGAUCUGGAGGUUCAAGGAUGCCUUUGGUAUCCGCAACGACCUGAUCAUCUGCGUCGUUGCUGGAUUCAUCUGUAUCGUCUUUUCACUUAUAUGGGAACUAGAAAUGCCCACUGUCCGCAAGAUAUGGUCUGGUCUGUUCUUCAUGUGGGCCGCCACUAUCCUUGUCCACACGUCCUCAGUUGCCAUCCCGCUAUACCGGGCGAUGCGCCACUCAAAGAUCCUCGAGCUCGAAAUGAUUCAUGGCGACAGCUUGGGUACAUCAACAAUGUUUUUCUUGGGUGCCAAGCUUACUACGGACUCCAAGGUUCCUAGGAAGACGCGCCAAGCUGAAUUUAAACAGAUUCUCGACGAUCCAAGCGCAUACAGCAGGUUCCGCGAGUUCGCAGCCACCUGCUUCAGCUCCGAGCUAACGGGCUUUAUUGACGAAUAUCGGCUGCUCAAAGACGCAACUAUAGCUGCGCUGGGUUCACAAGAUGAGCUGUCGUCUGGGAUAAAUAGCAGCAUCAGAACAUUGACGCCGGCGUACAUGGACAGUGAGACAUUUGCUUCUGCUGAGCAUUUGCCGGAGCUACCCCACUUAUCGCGCGAAACUGACGGAAAAUGCAAUGCCAUUGGCAGGGUGCCGCUCGAUCCCACAGCCAGCCCCAUGGUGAGCAUACUGGAGGCAGUCCAGGUAUAUUACCCUAACCUUGAUAUCGAUGAGUCCACAGUAUUCCCAUCGGCAGCAAUGGAUAUGCUCGUGUCAAUCUUUUCAGUAUACCUCAACCCACGCUCGCCGAUGGGGCUCAAUGUUUCUCAGGUCGUGAUGAGCCGAGUCCAGGAACAUCUUUAUCAAGACAUCAUUCCGUUGACCAUCCUGGAUGAAAUCAAGGAGGAAGUCAUGCACAUGCUAUACGCCGACAUAUAUACGCGCUAUUGUCGUUUGUAAAGGACAGC